CACUGAACCAGCCUGAUUACGGCAUAUAUUUGAUCACUUUGCAGCUUCUUUAUACGAUUUACAGUACUGUCGGAAGCUUUUUUUUUAUUUGGAAACGGUCGAAAAUUGAUGCGCGCGCGGAUUUCAUCCAUAUAAUCAAAUCAAUAUGGCUUUACGGUGAAACCGGAGAAACGAGUUUCUGUGGAUAUCUUGGAAGCCUACACAAGAGUCAUUUUAAGUACACAUGUCAUUAUGGGCUGUGUUACAAUAGCGCCUGAGCCAGAGGGCUGAUAGCUCAGUCGAAGACCACACGGCAGGCACGGCUAUCCCUUGCUGAAUACGCAUUACUUCUGAAAUUCUGAUUGCUGGCCAUUGCUGUGAUUAGCUGCAGCCAUCAGAAUACGAUAUUAGUCGAUCUGUUUGCGCCAAGCACACCGUCUGCUGAGACAGUCGGGAAUUCGGUAGCUCCUUGAAGAAUUGCCACCAUGCGGGUCAUCAUCGGCCUUCUGUUAUGUUUCACCCUUGCGUUCUAUGUGGCUCCUAUCGGCGGAAAAGUAUCACGUAAGAGGUGUACGCCUUUGGUGUUUGAUGACACGACAAGUGUUUGCAACAAGAAUCCAGAUGAAGCAGGGAUGUAUCCCAGAGGAACCGUCUGCAAGUUUGACUGCAGGGAGGGAUGUGUAAAGGACAGGGGAAGGAGAUGGAGGGUAUGCAAGGGUAGAAGCCGCUGGGCAGGCGGCCGCGGUAUGAAAUGUCUUUGCGCCCCAUGCGAAGGUGCACCGAGUUCCCCCGAAAACUCUUACAGUGAUUGUGAUCCAGACCAGACCACCUUCCCAGCCGGACACGUCUGUACCUUCAACUGCUCGGUCGGAUACGCCAAGACACCAGCCUGUGGGGAUGGGGAAAAACUCUGCAAGAACGGCGGAUGGAGGGGUGAAGACAUAGAGUGUGAACUUGAAGAUACAAAUGACUGCGAUGGUGUGACCUGUGAGAACGGUGGAACCUGCCGCGAUGGCAUCAACGAAUACACCUGCGAUUGUGCUGAUGGCUUUGAAGGCACUCACUGUGAAACAGAUAGAGAUGACUGCGAUGGUGUGACCUGUGAAAACGGUGGAACCUGCCGCGAUGGCAUCAACGAAUACACCUGCGAUUGUGCUGAUGGUUUUAACGGCGAUACAUGUCAAAUAGAUAUAAAUGAAUGUGAGGGUGUGACCUGUGAGAACGGUGGAACCUGCGUCGAUGGCAUCAACGGUUACUCCUGCGAUUGUGCUGAUGGCUUUGAAGGCACUCACUGUGAAACCAAUAUAGACGAAUGCCAGAAUAAUGUGAUGUGUCAAAACGGUGCAACCUGCGUUGACGGCAUCAACAGUUACUCCUGUAACUGUGCUGCUGGCUUUGAAGGCUUUCACUGUGACACAAAUAUAGAUGAUUGCGAUGGUGUGACCUGUGAAAAUGGUGGAUACUGCCGAGAUGGCAUCAACGAAUACAUCUGCAUCGAUGAUCCCUGCAAAAUAGCUGACAGCCUCCGGAGGUCGCCGGUACCAGGGUCUGUCACCAAGGCUAUCUUGGACGCAAACAAGGGAUUGAACCUGUACUCAGGUGACAUUGCUGGUGUUGAUCCCCCACUUCCUGCACUGACACCAAUGGCCAAUGCGCCGAGUGGGCUGCCGCGGGUGAAUGUGACGCCAACCCUGGCUACAUGCUGUGGAAUUGUAUGCAGAAGCUGUGGCCUCUGUAGCCGCCCCGGUUGCUCGGAUAACAACCAGAACUGUGUAUUUUGGGCCAGCAUUGGCGAGUGUGACGCCAACCCCAACUACAUGCUGGAGACCUGCCCGCUGAGCUGCAACGUGUGUGAAGGAGAUGGUGAAGACGCAGCGAUUCUAACUGCUCCUGCCGGUUCGGAGGUUGGUCGGAUCCAGAGCGCCAUUCUCGAGUACAACAAGCGGACCUGUCUCCGGUUUGUGCCCCGGACCAACGAACGGGACUUCGUUCAUAUCAAACGGCUUACUGGUUGCCAUUCGCAAGUCGGUGUUGCGGGCGGGAUGCAGGAGCUGUCUCUCGGUAACGGAUGUCUGGGAACAGGCACGAUCCUGCACGAGCUGAUGCACGCCGUGGGGUUCUGGCACGAGCAUCAGCGGCCGGACAGGGACGACUGGGUCAUUAUCUGCCGUAAUAACGCUGAAGCACAGCACCGUCACGCCUUUGACAAGCUGUCUAACUCCCGCACCCUGGACCUGUCGUACGACUAUGGUUCCAUCAUGCACUACGAGAGCCACGCCUUCAGCACCAACGGAAGGGAGACCAUCGUUCCCAAGCGUCCCUUGAAUGGUAUCGUCCUGGGAGCUGCGCAAGACUUCAGUUCCCUGGAUCUGCAGAAAAUCAACAAGUUGUACGAUUGCAACAAAUGAACAUGUCAUUUGUGCGCAAGUGCAAUUGGCCUGUCAUGA